AUGGGAUUUACAUUACAAAAAAAAAAAAGCAAUCACAUAGACCUAGCACCACAUUCAAUGAGUCUACCGCAAUAUUAUUCAAAUUCAGACUCUUCUGAUGAUGACAAUAAUUCUUCUGAUCUCGAAUUAAUUACCACUUCACAUAACCAAACUAAGAAAUACGUAGAUGAAUAUGAAGAAGAAACCAUUGAACCCACAAAUAAAACUUUUUUCAAUCCAUUGAUUAAUCUUAAUAUUUUCCACAUCGAUAAUUCAAAUUCAAUCUUUGUUGGUCUUAAAAAUAAACAACACCUUUAUCUUUCAGGUAUUUUCCAAUUACAAAUCAUUAAAGGUGGUAUCAUAUAUAAUAAUAUUCAUUAUAACGCCUCCAAAGAAGAAUUUACAUUUUGGCAUCCUUUAAAUUGUUCCAUACCACCUUUACAAUCUUCAUUUUUUGCAGGUUGGAAUGAAAUUAUUUUAAAAGAUAAAUCUUUUAAUAUGGAAAAAUUAAAUCAUUUUGAUUGUAUUUUAAAAAUAUCAAAUUCCAAGACUAAAAAUUUAAAUAAUGCAUUCAAUUUAUUUCCUGAAUUAAAAUAUUUAUGGAAUUUAAGAGAUACAUUUAUGAAUUCUAUUUGGAAUAAAAAUUUUACUUUUAAUAUAUUAAAUGAAAAUAUUGACUCAUUUCACUCGUUAAUAAUACCAAAUAAUUGGGUAACAAAUAUUGAAAAAUUGAAAAUAUCUCAAAAAAAUUCAUUAUUAGAUAUGAAAAUUUUGAUAAUUGGUGCUAAAAAUUCAGGAAAAUCUACUUUAAAUAGAUUAUUAUUAGAAACAUUCAUUAAUGAGAAAGAAUUUCAAGAUGAUAUCUUAUAUGUAGAUUUAGAUCCGGGGCAACCAGAAUAUUCUUCACCUGAUUGUAUUUCAAUUACCAAGAUUGAUAAAAAUUCUAAAAUUUUUGGUCAACAUUUAGCUCAAUUGAAUUUCAAUAAAUUAAAAGAAAUUUAUAUCGGUUCAUCUUCACCUCAAGAUUUCCCCACAAAAUAUUUAAAUGCCAUCAAUCAAUUAAUUUCAUUUCUUAAUGAAGAAAAUUUUAUUGGAACUUCACUUAUUAACUUACCCGGUUGGAUUAAAGGGUUUGGUAUUAAAAUUUUAAAUUAUAUUAUUCAAUUAUAUAAACCCACUGAUUUAAUAUUUCUUGAAUCUACAUCUUCAAAAUCAUUAUAUGAUGAAUUAGAAAUACCUGAAUCAUUCACAAGCAAUUUACGUGAAAAUUAUAAACCAAUCAUCUAUAAUAUCCCAUCUAUUCUUAACAUUAUUGAAACAAAUCAAUAUUCUCCAAAUUCAAGUACAUUAAAUUUUUUUCAACAAACAAGAUUCCACGCUUCACAAUUAAGAACGUUUAAACUUAUAGCAUAUUUCCAUAAACAAAUAGAAGAAGGUGCAUAUGUGGAUUAUGAUUUCCAACCUUUAAUACAUUCUUCUCCAAUCCAAAUAUCUUAUGGUGAGAAAGGUAUAUGUGGUAUUCAAUUGUUAGAAGAGUUUCUAGAUAUUAAUCCUGAAGAUAUUAAAAAUACACUUGAAGGAACAGUAGUGGCUAUCCAAAAAUCUCUUGUAGAUAUUAAGAGCCAAGUAAAAUUUAAAGGUUCAUUUCCGUUUUUAAAUUCCAAUAAUAUUGAUCUACAAUUUAUUGCAUUAGGAAUAAUUCAUUCAAUUGAUGAUGAAAAAAAAAUCAUAAAUAUAUAUAUUCCUAAAUCAAAAUUGGAGCAACUAAAUAAAAAUCCUAAUAUACAAUGGGUUUUAACAAGAGCUAAAACAGAAACUCCAUUAUGUGAAAUUUACCCGCCUAAUAGUAAUAUUAGAAAACAAUAUAGUACUAUUCCAUAUAUAUCCACAGAACGUAGGAAAAAAUUCGAACAUGUUUGGAAAGUUCGUAAAAAUGUUAUGAGAAGAGGCCAUCAUAUGAAGUAA